GUUGACACGUGAGGUUCAGUACGUCUAUACACGCGUAUGUGUACAAUUAUCAAUACUGUUUUAUAACGCGCGUUUUUAUGUGAACUAAAUGAUUAUUAAUAUUAUAAUUACGGCGUUAUCUGGUCGUUCGACGCAACGGCGUUGACGGCGGUAGGGGAAAGACAACAACAUUGAAUGGCGCGUUGCGUAAUCACGACGAUCGGUAGAGGAAAAAAUAUUGAUAAACAGUACGAUCAUUUACGAUGAUAAUGAUGAUCAAUCGUGUGCUCUCUGGCACUGUACUGCGGUCGGAACAGUAAUUGUACGUUACGUCGCAGUGCGGUGGCUCGAUGUUUGCGCGUCUCCUCUACUCAUCUGUAUACUACAACAAUGCUGUACUACAUCGUUGCGCGUAAAAUGAUUGAUUUCGUUUGAGUUUGAAUUGAUUUUUUUUUCUUUCGCUCACCGUCCUUCGCCUCGACGUAUACACACGCGUGCGGCACCACACGCAUUGUUCACGCGCCAAUUUCUAUAAUUUUGUAAUUUAUGGCAUUAAACAAGUUACGAUCGUACAGGCACAAGGUGUUAACGGAGAGUUUGGUGGACGACGUGGACUUUACAUCUAGAAGUACAUCAGUACCUACGGAGUACCUUUUCAAGAUUUUGGUCAUCGGCGAGCUCGGCACCGGAAAAACUUCUAUCAUCAAACGUUAUGUUCACCGGUUCUUCUCGCAACACUACCGCGCGACCAUUGGAGUAGACUUCGCGUUGAAAUCUAUCGACUGGGAUUCCAAUACAGUUGUUCGGCUGCAACUAUGGGACAUAGCCGGCCAAGAAAGGUUCGGGAACAUGACCCGGGUGUACUACAAAGACGCGCUAGGAGCGUUCAUAGUUUUCGACGUAACGCGACCGGCCACGUUCGACGCGGUGGUCAAGUGGAAACAGGACUUGGACGCAAAGGUCUCGUUGGAGGACGGGACUCCGAUACCGUGCGUUUUACUUGCGAACAAGUGCGAUCAAACUAAAGAGGGUAUGGUGAAUAGCGUUGCCAAAAUGGAUGAAUUUUGCAAAGAAAACAUGUUCUCCGCAUGGUACGAGACAUCUGCUAAGGAAAACGUGAACAUAGACGAUGCUGCCAAAACACUCGUGUCACAGAUUCUGAAGUACACUGCUCAAUACAAACCGACGUACUUGAAAUCGAAGGGCCAAGUGAUACUGAACAGCGUGAUGUCGUCCGAAGACAAGAAAAACAAUUGCUCCUGUUGAUGAAAAAAAAAUCAGUGCCAAUAUUAGAGCCAGUUGACUGCUCGUUCGUUCAUUAUUAUAAGUAGGUGGUGUACACAUCACCCAGAAGCGAGAACAAAUUUUUUUUAUUGUUCUUUCUUUUUUUUUUUUCAUUAGUCAUAACACUACGUUUAACCUAUGUGCCUUAAGAUUUUGUACUAAUUAUACACCGUUAUGUGUGCACUAACUGACACUAAGAAAUUUCUCCCGGGAGAGUAUAAAAAAUAUAUUACAUUAUAUUCAUUAAAAAACAUAAUUCAAUAAAUGUUCAAUUUUUUACGAUGAUCAAAAAGUUAUAAAUGUUCCAAAACAUUGUUGUGGUUUGAUAACUUUUUUUUUUCUAUGUUAGAUAAUAGACGUACUCGCAUUAUACUGUAAAUGUGAUACAUUUCUAAU